AUGAAAGCGAAGGACUUGCCCUACCUCCGCCUCAACGGAAAGGUCAUUCGAGACGAACCACCCGUCUGGCCUUCGUUGGGAGAACGGCCAGCCCUUCGAAAGUUGGGGAGUGUGAGCUGUGAAGUUUUGGCCUUGUCUGACGACGAAGAAGACAUGCAUAUUCUUCAUACUGAUGGCACAACAAGACCGUAUGUCAACCUUCCACGGCUACCACUUCAUUCCGCUUCCCCUUCGACAGACUCCGACGACAACUGCAAAAAGUCGGCUAGAAAAAGCAGUGAGGUACCCUCCACUGAGUUAGAAAGCGAGACAGAUACUACAGAUAAUGAAGUUACCUUCCGCGAUAGGGAGCAGAGCACCAGUGGUCGCGAAGCCGAACCGUACCAAGUGUUCGAGAUUUUGUACAAUUAUGAAGCUAAGAAAAGCGACGAACUGAACCUGAAGGCGGGCAGCACGAUCAAGCUUAUUCGCAAAACGGGUGAAAUUUCCUGGUUUUAUGGAGAAUGUGAAGACGGAACGCGAGGCUUAUUUCCAGGCAACUAUGUCAAGCUGUUAGGAUCUGACGCGAAAUCAAUAUCUGCUGAAGAGAUCAGCGAGCCCUCAACUGGAAGUAGGCUCAUAGGCAGAGGAGCUUGCGCUGAAGUUUAUAAAGUCGUUUUUGAAGGAGAGUUCGUGGCUUUGAAGCGAUUACGAGGAGAACCCAAGCCUUCAGACAUCGAAGCGCUCAAGCGAGAAGCAGUGAUGAUCAACAGAUUCCGACACCCAAAUAUUGUUAAUCUGCUCGGUGUGUGCUUGGAGCAGCCUCGUAUCGGCUUGGUUCUGGAGCUUUGCGAAGGAGGCUCUUUGAAAGUGCUAUGCGGAAAACUUAGGAACUCCUUUGUAUCUGUAAGGAUAAUCGUGGAUUGGGCUUGUCAGAUCGCUCAAGCUAUGCAAUGUCUUGUAGCUGAAAAUCUUAUGCACAGAGACCUCAAAGCCGACAAUGUGUUGGUGAAGGAAGAGGUAUGUCUGUGCAAUGUUACUCCGUGUACGCCAACAUAUGCAGCACAAUCUAUUCAUUUGCAUAAUGGAAUCCAGGCAGAUGGAUACUGUCAAAACUGCCACGGCAAGGCACUUGACAGGCUGACGCUGAAAAUUACCGAUUUUGGUGCGACGAAGAAAAUCAAAUUUGAAGACGAAAAAAGAAAGAGUGUGGUUGGCACUUACGCAUGGAUGGCUCCUGAAGCAUACAGGUAUCAAGAAUACUCUGAAGCCUCUGAUGUAUGGAGCUACGGUGUUGUGCUAUGGGAGUUGCUCACUCGAAAAGAUCCUCAUCAAGGGCAACUACCUAUCACUGUGGCCUACCUUGUAUCUACCAAAGGUAUCAAUCUGCCUGUUUCUGACGAUUGCCCCCUCAAAUGGAAAGACAUCAUGCAAAGCUGCUGGAAUGUGGACCCAAAGAAGCGGCCUACAUUCGCACAUUUGUUAGAGCAAUUCCAAGAAUAUCAGGCUGAGCUGGAGCGCACCGCCUUUUCGGAAGAGCAAGAAGCCCUUGUGCAACGGUUCCAUACUGAUAUUGAGAAGGAAAUUACUCAGUUCUACGUCAAACUCAAUCGUGAUGAGGAUCAUGAAAAGAUGCGAAGGAUGUGCGAAAAAUUAUAUGCACAACUGGACAUCAGAGGAGAUGGCCGCCAUUCAAGGCUAGCUGAAGCUGCUGCCCCCGAAGUACGAGAGCGGCGUAAAGGCAAAAAGAAGAUCGAAAAGCAGGAUAUAUCCAAACCACAAGAGUGUCGUCAUUUGAUAUCAAUCCAGCAACCAACUUCGAGUAAAUCGGAUUUCAAAGUGAUCAUGUUUGAUCAACCGACUCCUGGAAACAGAGCGAAUGCUGCAUCUUUCGGGACGCUACCACGAGAACGGCUCAACACCCAUAAACCACUGCAGUCAAAUCUGUCUGUGAGCAGCCCUAAUCUAAACGAGCUGGAUUUCCUAUCAACAAAGAAGACUGGAACUUUGCAACGGAAAGAUGCAAUACGGAAAAAGCGACAAGGUCUGGGACACCAUGACAGCACAGAGCGUGAACGGGGUGUGUCGUUCCCCGAUCCUGACGCUGAGAAUCGUCCUCAUCAUCUUCUUGCUGGAAAAAUUGGGCAAACUGCCAGACGCAGCGAGGGAUAUCACGAUGAUUCCAGUAAGGUUAAGAAGUUGCUGUCGAGAUUCCAUGUGUUUCGCCGUGGCAAUCACUCUGUCGAGUCUGAUGAAGCGCCAGCGUCGGCUAGACUUUCUCCUGUUUCCAACAAAAACGCUCCCUUUUCACCGCCAAAAUCUGCGCCGAGCAAUUACGAGCGUUUGUCAUCGCAACCGAGAGGAUCCACUGCUUCGGACGAUUACACCAAAUUAACGUCUGCCAACAAGCCUCUAUGGAAUAAGAUGUCGCCUUCGGACAGAUCUGGGAAGCGCAGCGAUAUUUUGUGCACACAGCAAACCACUCGAUAUGUGAAACCGGGAGCAUUUCAUCCGUCGUCGUCGUCGAAUGGACCAGGACAAGGACUUUCUCCUCGAAGAGAAAUUGGCAUUGAUGAAAUUAUUCCCGUAUCUUACGAAGGCACUCUUGUUCCUCCUAUUCCCGUCAAACAUCAUCGUCGAACUCCUUCCGACGAGAAAGGUAUUUUUAGACAAAAUGCUAUUCACAAUCCUCCUCACAUACCACGCUCACCGCUCCAUCCGAAUCAGCCCAAUCUGUCCACCAUCAUACCCCCUUCAACGUCCACAAACAAUGGAUUUGGUACACUGCUGAACAAUCGGAUCCCUGCACCUUCAACAGACCCCUACAUAACUUGUGGAACAGGUCGCACUGGUGUGAUCAACAAUGCCCCGUAUUUGACCAUGACGCCGAAUCAUGGUAUAACUUCUGGGAAUGUCACAACCGUGCAGAAUGAUCAGUAUAUACAGUGCCCCCAGCGUAAACCGGAGCGACCUAUUACCUUGAACCUUACAAAUGCUCACACACCUGAAAGCAGCGGUAUCAGUACAUGCUCUGCAUUUUCGAAUUCGUCACUCACGGAUUCUGCACCACUAACACAUGCGCCACCUCCUCCACGGCCGCCACCAAUUAUUCCUCCCAGAGACGGGUCCAUAGGAUUGCCUUUGUGCGAAUAAACGUCAGCCCUGUUGUCAUAAGCAUCCGGUCACAUUCCUCCGAUGAACUCUCAAGUCUCUGUUUUCCUAUUGGGUCAUGCCGAACACUCUCAGAUUACAAAACUCUGCAUGUGCGAAUUUUUUCAUGCUGUAUGUACAGAAAGCUUCUAGCAUCAUAGAUUACUUAAUGUGUUAGGUAAAGACAUAAAAAAAAGUACAUAAACUUGCAAGAAAUUCCAAUGUUUCAGUUGUCAAUACAAAUUUUAAUUUGUACAACUGAUUUUCUAUAUAUUUUGAACCUAAAUAUGACUGUCUGCAGUAUAUUUUAUUCAUGAUUGCAAAACUAGUGAAUAGAUUUACGUGUAGUGAUCUAAUCGUCUAUUUGUGCUUGUAAUUCUCUUUUUUUUAUUCCUUUUGGCUACUCUCUCUCUAGUCACGGUUAUGUAUGUUAAUGUGUUAGUUUGCCUUAUGCAGCUCUUGAUAUCGCAUUUUGAAAUCAAC